AUGCCGCAGGACACCUACAUCGAGGGCAUCCGAUACGCGACCAUCAGCCCGGACGAUCAUGGCGCAGUACUCCAGAUCAUCGCCUGGCUAAUGAUGGUUGUCAUGAUUCUUGCAACGACCCUGAGAUUGAUGAUACGAUUCACCACCAACCAUAUACCCGGGUUCGAUGAUGCAUUCGUUUCGCUCGCAACGCUGUCCGGUAUUGGCGAGGUCAUAGCCAUCUCCAUCGCGGUGAACCAAGGUCUCGGUAGACGUUCGGAAUUGCUGGAUGAGAAGAAUGUUCAAAGCAUAGAGAAGGUCAGCAGGAAUGGCCAGAUGACGGGUCAGAAUCUCUCAGCUGAAUUGAUGCAGAACAUAUACACCUCUACAAUCCUCUACAUACUCACCGUCGCUCUGGCCAAGGCAUCAACUCUCCUCCUCAUAUCGCGCCUGGCAACGGCAAAGCUUCACCUCCGCACGGUACAAGCGUUGAGCGCGAUUGUGAUAGCAUGGACGCUUGCAGCGUCAUUCGGAAGCGCCUUCGCAUGCCAGAUGCCUCGACCUUGGAAUUUCCAGAGCGGGAGGUGUUUCGAUAUCGCAACUUUCUGGUACAUCAUGGGAGCAGUCGACAUAGCCGGUGAUCUCGCGCUCAUCAUGCUUCCAGGCUGGGUGGUUUGGGAUUUGAGAAUGCACUGGGGGCCUCGGCUUGUCUUCCUUCGACAAUGGCAGAUGUCCGAUGAUCUCACGUACCCGAUCGCAUACCACAUGGCGACGACUUGCCAAACGACGCUAGCAGUCAUCGUCGCAUGCAUACCUGCACUGAAGCCGUUCAUGGAUCGUGCUGCAUCCGGGCUGAUGUCCGUAUACGAAAGGACGUUCUUCUUCUCAUACUUCGUGUUAUUCAUGGGUGUAUCGCUCUCGGAUCGACACGGCACCUACACGUUGUCGGAGGACUAUCGAAUGCAGCCUCUUUCCAAACGAAGCGACGGUACUCCAAGAGGCAGCAACUUCCGAUCUGAUGGGUCAGAUCACCAGACCUUCAUCGUUUCUGCGGCCUCGAAAAAACCGGAUGAGGGAGACGAUGGGUCGGAGGAAGGGAUCAUCCAGAAGACGACUGAUUGGAACGUCCGUUACAGCGACCCAGAUUCAGCAAGGAGACACGCGGCAACAGAGGACGCGGACGAAGUCGCUUCGCCUGAUGGCGCAAGAGGGCAUACCGUGCUGUGA